AUGAUGAGCAUCAGCUGGAGCCGUUCGUGGGACCCGGAAGGAAUCGUCACUAUUCAGCGAUCUCACCAAUCAACGUGUAAUGCGGAGAGGAGAGAGGAGGAGAGAGGAGGAGAGAGGAGGAGAGAGGAGGAGAGAGGAGGAGAGAGGAGGAGAGAGGAGGAGAGAGGAGGAGAGAGGAGGAGAGAGGAGGAGAGAGGAGGAGAGAGAGAAUGA